GACUACCAGAGACUCUUUGCCUACACACCAUCCUCUCGUUUUGGGAAGUGUUUGCAAAACAGAGCAGGGAGGAUGCACAGAGUGUGGAUGUGGAUGGCACUGGGCAAAUCGUCGUCGUCCAUGAUCGCGGCAGCGAGGGGUUGCUCCUUCUAAACUGUUUCUCCUUCCCACUACCCACUUUCCUAGUCGCGCCUCCAACCUAGGCCGCUUCCCCAUGCCACUAUGCCAGUAAGCGUGCCACUAAGCCAUGAUCGGGCGCCAUCUUCCUCUGGGUGUCGUCGGUGCGCGCUCCCUCACAACGGCACCCGUCCGGCACGCCGGGGCGGAUGCCUCCGCGUCCACGCCCCGUCAGACCACUACUGCCGACUACAACCGCCUCCUCGCCGGCUACGCGAGGUCGCCCGACCGCCGCCUCGCGGACGCGCGCCACCUGUUCGACAGAAUCCCGAACCCCGACGCCGUCUCCUACAACACGCUCCUCUCCUGCCACUUCGCCCGCGGCGACGUCGCGGGCGCCCGGGAGCUCUUCUCCGCGAUGCCGGCCAGGGACGUCGCGUCCUGGAACACCAUGGUGUCCGGCCUGUCCAGGAGCGGGGCCGUGGAGGAGGCCAGGGCCGUGUUCCUGGCCAUGCCGGCGAGGAACUCCGUCUCGUGGAACGCCAUGGUUUCCGGGUUCGCCUCCGCUGGCGACAUGGGCGAGGCGGAGGCGUGCUUCCGGGACGCGCCGCGGAAGGAGGACCCGGUUCUCUGGACCGCGAUGGUGUCGGGGUACAUGGACGCCGGCAACGUGGAGAAGGCCGUCCGGUUCUUUCACGCGAUGCCCGUGAGGAACCUGGUCUCGUGGAACGCCGUGGUUGCUGGCUAUGUCAAGAAUUCGCGCGCGGAGGACGCCUUGCGGGUGUUCAAGACUCUGGUCACGGCUGCCGCUGUCCGGCCGAAUGAGUCGACGCUGAGUAGCGUGCUCCUUGGAUGCAGCAACUUGUCUGCGCUGGGGUUCGGGAGACAGGUCCAUCAGUGGUGCAUCAAGUUGCCGCUGAGUAGGAGAGUCACCGUGGGCACGGCCCUUGUGAGCAUGUACUGCAAGUGCGGGGACUUGGAGGGUGCUUGCAGGCUGUUCGGUGAGAUGCGCACAAGGGAUGUAGUUGCGUGGAAUGCAAUGAUUUCCGGCUACGCUCAGCAUGGGGAUGGACGGGAAGCUAUCAGAUUGUUUGAGAAGAUGAAGGAUAAAGGAGUUGAGCCAAACUGGAUUACUUUCGUGGCAGUGCUGACAGCUUGUAUCCAUACUGGGUUGUGUGAUUUUGCAAUACAGUGCUUUGAGGGUAUGCAGGAAGCCUAUGGAAUUAAGCCCCGGGUUGAUCAUUACUCUUGCAUGGUGGAUCUUCUCUGCCGAGCUGGUUUGCUUGAAAGAUCGGUGAACUUGAUUCGCUCUAUGCCAUUUGAGCCACAUCCUUCUGCAUAUGGCACUCUAUUGGCUGCCUGUAGAGUUUAUAAGAAUUUGGAAUUUGCUGAGUUUGCUGCUGGAAAGCUAAUCGAGCAGAACCCGCAGAGCGCAGGCGCCUAUGUAUACUAGCAAAUUUCAUUCGUUUGCAACAGUAUUUGAUCCUCAACAAGAACAUGAAUGUUGAUGCAUUGGGUCUGCGCAGUGCUCAACAUCCUAACAUGCGAGGAAUUUACCAUAGCGGUUUCUGUGUGUGAAUUAAUUACUGGUACAGUUAAUGGUCCAUCAAUCUUGAGUGAUGAAUGCAGUUUCUACCCACAAAUUACAUUUAAUUCAUCUGUGAUGGGUAAUCUUGAGAUCCUGACACUGGUGACCUGUCCUUGCCUAUUGAUAAAAAGUGGGAUGUAAAUAUAUGGAAAUGAUGCCGAGGAAAACGCUGAAGAAUUUCGCUUUGUGUGGCAAGAACAUCUGAAAGGGCUUGAUUGCCAUCAUUUCAAACUGAUGACCACAUUCAAGAAGACUAAGGUUGGAAUGAAAACUAGUGACCUUGAGGGAACAGCUGGGUAUCACACAGGGCAUCACUGCUGGAGAUCAUUGCCCACAGACUUACAGUCUCUGAGACAAUGGAGAGAACAUAAAGGCCAGCAUAUAGCAUGCAAUGAUGCAACAUGGCACCACAGAAUCUACAGGCCGAGAAGUACAAAGUGAUGUGCAUUGUGAAGCCACCACAAUGAUGCAUGAAGAUAUGGACGGACUAUUAGGGAUAUCCUGAUCACAUUGUGCUGAAAAAAAGGGGAACUACUAUCACUACGACAUUCUGUUCAAUGGAACAUCAACAUUACUGCUUCACCCUUGUAUGGCUGAAUCUAUCUGAUGAAAAGGGAAAAGGAAUGAUGUCUUCACGGGCAACACCUUGCGCAAGGAAACAUUCUCAUUUCUGCAAUCAAUGCUUCCGCUGUUGUAUGGUCCAUCUGUGGCCUCACCUCCUCACGUGUGCUGCCCCCGUAGGUUGCUCUUUCAAGGAUACAACAUCCGGAUCGAUCAUACAUCCUAACUACUAUCAGAUUAUGCCAAGAUGGCUGAGCACACAUUGAAUAUCAUUUUCCAUAUUGGCGAGGACUGGCUGCGGGAGAAAAUCAGGCCAUUCCUUUGUGUGCCCGUGUCCAAGUACCUUUUUCAACGUGCGAGGAUGAUAUGACCUGAACCUUCUGGGUGGAGCAACGCCUGCAGGGUCUACAAAAAGAAGCAGAUGCACACGUACAGUUUUGUUGGCUGUUUCAAUUAGAUAACAGAAGACUAAGUUGGUGUCGUCUACCUGAUAACUUUAUUCGAAUCAAAUUUUCAACAUCAUUAGUUUCUUCGCGAUUGAUUGUCCAGAUCCAGAGCCAUCUUUUUGCAACCCGGGAAAUCCUGAAGAGCUUUGGCACAGCAUCUGGACUGAGAAUCAAAUACACUAAGUCCUCGGUCACUCUUAUCAGUGGCGAGGCACACGAUGCAGCCCUGGUGUCUGACCUGUUGCAAUGCCCAAUAGCAGAGUUCCCCAUUAAAUAUCUCGGGUUGCAACUUGCCUUAUGGCCCAUGACCAAGGCUGAGUGGCAACCGGCCCGCGACAAGUUCCUGGAGUGCAUCCCUUCUUGGCAGCAUGGCAUGGUCGCAAGGGAGGGAAGGUGAUUAAAUCAGUCAUUGCAGCUAGACCCGUGCACCACCUCCUGAUCCCUGAAGCAACGGCGUGGCUCCUGGAGGAACUGAAUAAAUUGGUGUGCGCCUUGUUUUUGGCUGGGAAAUAUGAGGUUAAUGGCGGGAAGUGCUUAGUCGCCUGGGACAACAUAUGCAAGCCUAUUCGUUUUGGUGGCUUAGGCCUCAAAAAGCAAGGUCUGAUCCUGCGUAUUCGAUGGGAGUGGCUACGCAGAUCGGGCAUAAACAGAUCGUGGUCAGGCUUGCCGAUGAUCAAGGAUACUCUGGCCACCGAAACUUUGACAGCCUGAUAGGCAUCCCAGUGGGAGAUGGGAGACGAGUCUUUUUUUUGGAAGGACAGAUGUAUCAUGGCGAGUCUGUUAGGGAGGUGGUGCUGCUGGUGCUGCAGCUAGUUAACACCAGGAACCGCAACAGAAGGACAGUGGAGACCACGCUGCAAAACAACAGCUGGCUGCUUGAUAUCUCUGAACCCUUAAUGCAGAAAGCGGCGAUUCAGUGUGUACACCUCUGGCUCCAAAUUGACAAUUUACAAAGGGGGCAACCUACGAAGGGACUCUGACGCGGAGGACAAGUUCAUUUGGCCGUGGUCUUCGGAUGUCCAAUACUCCGCUAGGUCUACCUGUGAGCUACUCCAGGAGGGAUCUACCUGCCGAGGCCAUUUGGGAGAAUGGUGCCCCCAUAAAAUGUGAGAUCUUAACCUGGCUUGCGGUUCAGUACCAGUUGUGGACGUCGGAUCGGACACGGAGCCAUGGACUGCUAGAUCAGGUGGUGGCCUGCUUCGUUUGCUUACAAGACGAGGACAAGGCGGACCACAUCUUCACACAAUGUGUGCAUGCGAGACAGGUUUUGGUUCAAACCUUGUCCAAUCUGAACAUUGCUAUUGCAGCGCCCAGGUCUACGUGCAGACUUGAGUCUUGGCGGCAAAGAGCUAGACAGGGUUUCAGCAAGAAGACUCGAGGAAACUUGGGCGCGCUAGUCAUUCUUGGAAGCUGGAGUCUAUGGAAAAACAGAAAUGUCUGGGUGUUUGGGAAUAUGCCAAACAAGGAGUGUUCAGCAGCUCUCAAGCCAAAUUUGCAGUGAGUUCAAGCUUUGGACUAUCACUAGGAGAGGUGUUAAUAGUGUUUUUGAUUUGAGAGUAGGCGUAGGAUAGAGGGUGGGUUGUUUGGAGACGGGUUUAAACCUCUGUCGCUGUUGUUCACAACGGCUGACAGUGCAAACUUCUUGUAACUAUUUCUACUUCUGUAAUAUAGCAUUCAUCUCUUACGACUAAAACAC